CCCCAACCGGGUACUGAAGCGCAAGGAGUGGAGGAGAGAGAAAGUGAAUGGAUACCCUCUGCAGCCUCAGUGGUCUGGACCCAAUUUGGGACUGGAACACGACAUGGUACACGCCUUACCCUGACCUGACCCAGUGCUUCCAGAACACGGUGCUUGUGUGGGUCCCUUGUCUCUACCUCUGGCUCCUCGCCCCCUUCUACUGCCUCUACCUGUACUGCAAUGACCGCGGCCGCAUUCCCGUCUCCGUCCUCUGCAGCGCGAAGCUGCUGCUGGGGUUCUUCUUGGCCUCGUUUGGCUUCGUGGAGUUCUUCUACAUCCUGCUGAUGAAGAACCAGGAGAUCCAGAACCACAUGGUCUUCCUCCUCAGCCCCGUCAUCCGCAGCAUGACAGUGGUGCUGGCGGUGUGCAUCAUCCAAUGGGAGCGCAUGAGGGGCCGUCGCUCCUCCGUCUUCCUGUUCCUGUUCUGGCUGCUGGCCGUGCUCUGCUCCCUGGUGCCCCUCAGGGCCAAGAUCCAGCUGGCCGUGGAGGAGGGUCUCUCCCCGGACAUGGUGCGCUACUUGGCCUUCUUCUCCUACUUCGCACUCCAGUUGGCCCAGCUCAUACUCAGCGGCUUCGCCGACCAGCGGCCCACUGGGAAGGCCAGCUACGUCAAGAACCCAUGUCCUGUGGAAGACGCCUCUUUCCUCUCCAAAUUUCUGUUCUGGUGGUUCAGUGGGCUGGUGGUUAAGGGUUAUCGAACUCCUCUGCAGUCGGAGGACCUUUGGCCUUUGCGUGAGGAGGACACGUCCAAUAAGAUCAUCUCCAGUCUGGAGGAGGAGUGGACGUCCGUAUGCAGCAAACUCCAACAGCAGCAGAAGGCUAUGAACAACACUGUGGCGUUGGGCACCAGGCUGCCGGAGCAGGCCCAGCUGCUGAGGAAACUGCGGAAGGAGCAGAGCUCGGCGUUCUGCCUGUUGCGCACGCUUGCACGCAACUUCGGCUCCUACUUCCUGAUGGGAACGCUGUGCCUGGUGGUCCACGACGCCUUCAUGUUCGCCAUUCCUCAAGUCCUCAGCCUGUUGCUGGGUUUCAUGAAUGACAAAGAUGCGGCUCCCUGGAAGGGCUACUUCUACGCCUCCCUGAUGUUCGUGCUGUCCUGCAUGCAGUCUCUCUUCAGCCACCAGUACAUGUACAGCUGCUUCACCGUGGGCAUGCGGGUCAAGACCGCCGUCAUGGGACUGGUCUACAGGAAGUCUCUCAUCAUAAGCAGUGCGGCCCGGCGGACGUGUACAGUGGGGGAGAUCGUGAACCUGGUCUCUGCAGACACCCAGAAGCUGAUGGACUUUGUGGUGUACUUCAACGCCGUCUGGCUGGCCCCCAUUGAGAUCACUCUCUGCCUCUUCUUCCUUUGGCAGCACCUGGGCCCUUCAGCUUUGGCAGGCAUUGCUACGGUCAUCCUCAUCUUCCCUCUCAACGGAUACAUCGCCAAACACAGGAGCAAACUCCAGGAGAUCCAGCUGAAGUACAUGGACGGCCGCAUCAAGCUGAUGAACGAGAUCCUGAACGGCAUCAAGAUCCUGAAGUUCUACGCGUGGGAGAAGGCCUUCCUGGAGCAGGUGAUGGGCUACCGCCAGAAGGAGCUCAACGCCCUCAAGAAGUCCCAGGUCCUCUACUCCAUCUCCAUCGCCUCCUUCAACUCCUCAUCCUUCCUGAUUGCCUUUGCGAUGUUCGGCCUGUACGUCACGAUCGAUGACAAGAACGUGCUGGAUGCCCAGAAGGUGUUUGUUUCCAUGGCGCUGAUCAACAUCCUCAAGACCCCCCUAAGCCAGCUGCCAUUCGCCAUGAGCACUACCAUGCAGGCCAUUGUAUCACUGAAGCGCUUGGGGAAAUUUCUGUGUCAAGAGGAACUGCAGCAAGACAGUGUGAUCAGAGAACCAUUCAAAGCAGAUGAAGAUGGUGUCGUUAUUGACAAUGCAACGUUCUCGUGGUCUAAAGACAGCGCCCCGUGUCUGAAAAGGAUUAAUGUUAGAGUUCCUCGUGGGUCGUUGGUUGCUGUCGUUGGCCAUGUGGGCUGUGGGAAGUCUUCCCUCUUGUCUGCCAUGCUCGGGGACACUGAGAGGAGGAGUGGCAGCAUCUCUGUCAAGGGCUCUGUGGCGUACGUCCCUCAGCAGGCCUGGAUCCAGAACGCCACCCUGCAUGACAACAUCCUGUUCGGGCUGGAGAAGAGGAAGAGCUGGUACCAGCGCGUCCUGGAGGCCUGCGCCCUGCUGCCCGACCUCGACAUCCUGCCCGCCGGAGACGCCACCGAGAUCGGGGAGAAGGGCCUGAAUCUGUCUGGUGGUCAGAAGCAGAGAGUGAGCCUGGCGCGUGCCGUAUAUAGGAAGGCAGACGUUUACCUCCUGGACGACCCUCUCUCUGCCGUCGACGCUCAUGUGGGCCAGCACAUCUUUGACAAAGUCAUCGGACCCAAGGGAGUGCUCAGAGACAAGACGCGUGUCCUGGUGACCCAUGGCAUGGGCUUCCUGCCUCAGGCCGACCUGAUCCUGGUGCUGGCGGACGGCGAGAUCACGGAGAGCGGCUCCUACCAGGAGCUCCUCAGCCGCAAGGGAGCCUUCGCAGACUUCAUACGCAACUUCGCCACCUCCGAGAGGAAGGAGAGCGUCACGCAGAAAGGGUCAAGGAAGUCCAUCGCUCGCUUAAGUGUGACCGACUUCAGAGAUCUUCUCUCCAGAGAUCUUUCACAAGAGCAGCUUAUUGGGGGUGACAGGAACAGCGUCAUCAUACAGAACAUGGAACAGAUCCCAGAGUCCGACCCAGAGCCGGUUCUGGAGGACUUGGGGAAACUAACCGAGGCCGACAAGGCCCGCACUGGCCGAGUGAAGUUGGAGAUGUACGUGGAGUACUUCCGCACCAUCGGCCUGGCGUUCAUCCUGCCCAUCGUCUUCCUGUACGUCUUCCAGCAGGCCGCCUCGCUGGCCUACAGCUACUGGCUGAGCAUGUGGGCCGAUGAGCCCGUGGUCAACGGCACGCAGCUCAACACCGACAUGAAGCUCGGCGUCUAUGGGGCUCUCGGAUUUGCUCAAGGCAUUGGCAUCUUCGGCACCACGGUGGCCAUCUCUCUGGGCGGCAUCAUCGCCUCGCGCCACCUCCACAUGGAGCUGCUCAACAACGUGCUGCGCUCGCCCAUGUCCUUCUUCGAGUCCACGCCGAGCGGCAACCUGCUCAACCGCUUCGCCAAGGAGAUCGACGCCAUCGACUGCAUGAUCCCCGAGGGCCUGAAGAUGAUGCUCAACUACCUCUUCAAGCUCAUGGAGGUCUGCGUCAUCGUGCUGCUGGCCACGCCCUUCGCCGCCGUCAUCAUCCUGCCCCUCGCCAUCCUCUACGCAUUCGUGCAGAGUUUCUACGUGGCCACGUCCUGUCAGCUGCGUCGUCUGGAGGCUGUGAGCCGCUCCCCGAUCUACACGCACUUCAACGAGACGGUGCAAGGCGCCAGCGUCAUCCGGGCCUUCGGGGAGCAGUCGCGCUUCAUCCUGCAGGCCAACCAGCGCGUGGACCACAACCAGACGGCCUACUUCCCACGAUUCGUGGCCACCAGGUGGCUGGCGGUCAACCUUGAGUUCCUUGGCAACGGCGUUGUCUUAGCAGCUGCGAUCCUGUCUGUGAUGGGGAAAGACACCCUCAGUCCCGGGAUUGUCGGCUUGGCUGUAUCGCAUUCCCUUCAGGUGACAGCUAUACUGAGCUGGAUCGUGCGGUCUUGGACAGACGUGGAGAACAACAUUGUCUCAGUGGAGCGUGUGAAGGAGUACGCAGACACUCCAAAAGAGGCACCGUGGACAGUGGAAGGAAGUUCUUUAUCCGUUGGCUGGCCCGAAACCGGGACGAUGGAAUUCCAGGAGUAUGGCCUGCAAUACCGCAAGGGCUUGGAGCUGGCACUCAAAGGCAUCUCCCUCACCAUCCAGCGAAGAGAGAAGAUCGGCAUUGUUGGGCGGACGGGGGCCGGAAAGUCCUCUCUGGCUCUGGGAAUCUUCCGGAUCCUGGAGGCGGCCAAGGGAAAGAUCUUCAUCGACGGCGUCGACAUCUCAGAGAUUGGACUCCAUGACCUCAGAUCACGCAUCACCAUCAUCCCACAGGACCCCGUGCUGUUCUCUGGCUCGCUGCGUAUGAACCUGGACCCGUUCGAUGCGUACUCGGACGAGGAGGUGUGGAGCUCCCUUGAACUCGCUCACCUCAAGAACUUUGUGUCCGGGCUGCCAGACAAGCUCAACUUCGAAUGCUCCGAGGGCGGGGAAAACCUCAGUCUUGGACAGCGUCAGCUGGUGUGCCUGGCCCGGGCUCUCCUCCGCAAGACCAAAGUGCUGGUUCUGGACGAGGCGACGGCGGCGGUGGACCUGGAGACGGACACCCUGAUCCAGUCCACCAUCCGCACCCAGUUCGAGGACUGCACAGUCUUAACCAUCGCCCACCGACUCAACACCAUCAUGGACUACACAAGAAUCAUCGUCAUGGACAAGGGACACAUAAAGGAGAUGGACUCACCAGAAAACCUUCUCGCACAACGAGGCCAGUUCUUCAGAAUGUGCAGAGAAGCUGGACUUGCAUGAGUUGUGUGUGUGUGUGUUUUUUUUCUGGCGUAACAGUGACAGGAUGCCCCUGCUGCGAAGUGGAUGAUCGAUGUUUGCAACAACAACGUGUCAGAGCCAACGCAGACUCUGUGGGCCUCCGGCCGUGCCAAGUAUAUACGUACAUUGAACUUUAACUCAGGUUGAAGACGGUGCUUAUAAGAGCACACAGUUAUGCACAUGUCCUUUAAGGGACGUGAAGGUGCAGCUUUUUUUCUGUCCUCAAGUUCUGUGGUGGGUUCUCACUAAUGCCCACUUAGAGAAAAGGGGGGCGGUUUUGAGAUGAAGACAGGUACUGUUUUUUGUUUUGUUGCAAUAGUUCUCAUGCAGGAUUUUUUUCAGACUUGUACUGUAAAUAGUUGUUUGUUUAUACGUCAAAGAGAUACAGCUGUGCUGAGGUGACUCCAACAAACAAAUCAAAGUAUCACUGAAUGGGAAUAUUACGAAAUAAACCAAAUCUAUUUUUGCAUCCGGUGUGUAGCAGCUAUCCAUUAAAGCAAUGAAGCAUUCCUUGAGGACUGAUACAUUCCAACGUUUGGGGUUUUUUAAAUCCUGUAGUAUAUCACAACUUUUGUUAUUGCACAUUCACAAGAUCUUGUGAUAUGAGAAAGUAGGACAAAUAUGUUUACUCACAUACUGCCGCACAAACUUGACCUAGAAAAAGGCUUUUUGGGCCUGUGCACAGCACUCUCAAACCGACCAUUUAGUAUUUUACAGGGGAAAGGCGUGUUGAGAUAGCCAAGAUGUUGGUAUCCAAGUAUGCUGUGGUGCUUUUUUUAUUUUUAAAGCAAAGUAAACACAUAAAAUGGUUGACAUGAGUGGAAUGGCUGGCAGAAAUAUAUUCUUGUAGAAAGGUUUUUACAAUCAACAAACUUAAAAAUUGAAGCAAAUGUUAACAAGAGUUUAUGAUGCCCACAAAUCUACAGCAGACUUGAUAAAAGACAGGCGAGUACACAUUUAACUCUGCACCUCAAACGACUUGCAGUAUUUCAGUUCAGUUAACUGCUAUAUCCUCUGACAUUUUAAGAAGGGCAACUGAGUGGUUUGUAUUAUUAUGUAUUAUUUGAUGAUGUCUAAAGCUCUGUACAGUAGCUGUUGAACAGUUUAUGGAAUAUAAGAGGAAUUGUCUGUCUUUUUUUGUUAAAGACCAAAAUGUCUUGUUUUUAUACAUAAAAAACAAAAUGACUUAUAUUUGCUCUGGGUUGUAUAUUAUUUAUACGUUUUCUGAAUAUAUUUAAUCUGUAAAUUUAGUCAUGUUCAUAUUUUUGA